UCACAGAAAACGAACUUUGCACUGCUUCAAUUACAGCCAAGCAAAGAAGCCCAACAGCUGUUCAGUAAAUUGAUCAAAUAUUCCUUUUUUUAAUUUUGUUAAAUACAUUUACAAGGCUACUUCCUUUUCACCACUUCAAAAAACCUUAAAUCACAGGCUAGCUGCUUUUCUGUAGCAUGCAGUGGGUAAAAACAGGAAACAUGUGCACACUUAAAAAUGUGCUCACAUAUUUGCCGAGAUAUGUGGCUCGUCGAAAUAUGUCGUCUCAAACUAAACGGCCUGUUACCUUACUGGGAACUAUGUCAUUGGGUGAUCCAGCCAACGCUGAGCAGAGCCUGGAGAUGGUGAAGACUUUCCUGGACAGGGGACACAGCCAUGUGGACACAGCCUUCAUGUAUGUGGACGGGAAGUCAGAGACAGCCUUAGGGGGCAUGAAUCUUCCUAAAACAGUCAGCAUAGCAACCAAGGCCAACCCCUGGGAUGGGAAGACGCUGAAGCCAGAGAGUGUGCGCUCUCAGCUGGAAACCUCCCUUCAGAGGUUACAGACCGAUAGUGUUGACCUUUUCUACCUUCAUGCCCCUGACCACCAGAACCCCAUCCAGGAUACUCUUAGGGCCUGUAAUGAACUGCACAAGGAGGAAAAAUUCAAGGAGUUUGGUUUAUCAAACUAUGCAUCGUGGGAAGUGGCUGAAAUUGUCAGCAUCUGCAGACACAACAACUGGAUUGUUCCCACUGUGUAUCAGGGAAUGUACAAUGCCAUUACAAGACAGGUUGAGACAGAGUUGCUGCCAUGUCUGAGAUACUACGGAAUGAGAUUCUACGCAUACAAUCCCCUAGCAGGUGGUCUUCUAACAGGAAAGUACAAAUACCAAGACAAAGAUGGUCCCCAGCCUGCUGGACGAUUCUUUGGUAACAACUGGGCUGCAGCAUACAGGGACAGAUACUGGAAGCAGAGUCAAUUCACAGCAAUAGACGUGGUUCUAAAGGCCUUGGAGACCGUUUACGGCUCAGAGAAACCCACCCUGACUUCUGCUGCUAUGCGCUGGUUGUAUCAUCACUCCCAACUUCAGGGUGAUCUUGGUGAUGGAGUGAUCAUUGGCAUGUCAAGUAUGGAGCAACUUCAGCAAAACCUGGCUGCUGCAGAGGAGGGUCCUCUGGAUGACAGAGUGGUCGCCGCCUUCAACGAGGCCUGGAAUCUCGUUGCCCACGAGUGUCCAAACUAUUUCCGCUAAAGAGCCAAAAUCUCCACAAAAGAUUUGGGUAACAUCUAACGCAAAUUUAUAGAAAAGAGAAAUCUGAUAAAGCCCCUUUCCCUUAGUUUUUUCCACCUUCUACCUGAAAUGACAAUUGAAUUGUGGAGACCAGUGUGGAUUAAUGUGAAGAGCACUUCAUUGCUAAUGUACAAAUGUAAAAAUAAAAACAUAAGACAUUUUUUUCAGGGAAAAAUAACUUUUUCUGGAGUCUGCCUUAAACUAUCACAUUAAAAAGAAAACCAAUUUUCUCACAUAAACAGUUUUUUUUCCGUACACAUAAAAUGCUUCAAAUGGAUUGACUGAACACAUGAAAGGACAUGUGCUUAUCUGUUUUGGCUGAAUGGCAAAAUACUUACAUGCAAUACCUUUUCCUUAUGUUGACAAAACAAGUGGCAUCAACAUGAUUACAUGUAACAUGUGAUCAUUAAGUCUUUUGACUCUUGUCACCAGUUUUUACUCAACAGGGAUUCAGUCCAAAGCUAAAAUCCGAGGCGAAGGACAGAGGUUUAUAUUUUGGGGUGAAAAAAAAAGGACAAAUGAGACAUUACAGACUCCUGGGGCAGCACAUGCAGUCAGGGUGAUUGGUUUCAACAUCUAUGAUCCUCUGCUGUUGGAAGCUGGCAAAAAUAUGACUU